CACAAACAUACACACAGAAGUCAGAGAACAUGCCAAAAACACACACUGACACACACACACACACAACAUAUGAGAGAAAUACAAAAGCAAUCCACAUUUGGGAUAUAAGACUACACAUAUGGGAUCGAUUUAGUGACUAAAAGAUUUACAAAUUCCCCUAUGAUUUGCAAACAAACAGAAUGUGAUUUAUAAAUGCUCCACGAUUUGCACUUAUGCACACAUCUUGCAAAUAAAAAUGCUUCUCGCAAACAAAUAUAGUUAGUUACAUGUUUGCAAUGUGUAACUAUCUAUGCUAUAUACCGUAACAUAAUGUGGAAGAUAAGGGUUAUUUAUAAUCAUACCUGAUAAAGUUGUAAAGAAAAUUACACAACCGUCACACAAUCCACCAGCUAUUUGAUGAGGUGAAUAGAGGCCUGUUGCUGUGCAAAUGUGUUCCACUUGUAAAACCGAUUAAAUAGAUAUGCAGAACGUGGUUUAUUAAUUUCCAUUUGUUGUUUACAUUUGUGUAACUUGUCCUUUAUUUGUUUGCUUGAAGCAUUUUUAUUUGUACAUCAUUAGACAUUUGUUAAUCACCUUCUGUUUGUUUGCAAGUCUUUUUGUUACUAAAUUGACCCCAUAUACACACACCCUCUAUGAUGGACAGAGGGCAUGGCAUCCACAUAAACAACUAUCUAUGGUGAACAUUAGACACAUAUGACCAUUUUAUGGGGGCCAUAAUACAGGAAAUCUGUAAGGAAUAAGGGAUUGGAUUGCAGCCAAUAGUCACUAAAUCCAGACUUCAGAGUACGUCACAGCACACCAUUCUCCUCAAGUACCCUUGUAAGGCUCUAAAAACGGGGUCUGAAUAGUGCUGUACAAAAUGACAGACAAACUUGAACAAAGAACAACUAAAUUGGACAUAUAUGACCUCACUAUAUUCAUUCAACCAUACAAGAUGGUGACGAGAGAGAAUCAAACGCUUUCUUAGGGAGCGAGAGAGCAAAAUCUAUAUUAAUGAGACAAUAUUGGGUAUCUGGGGAUGUGGAAUCCCAUGUGUAGGCUGUCACUGUGGGUCCGCCAGAGUGGGACACAUAGAGUGUGGGUUGUGUGGGGAUGUAGGCUCUGUUCUCAGAAGGCGGUGAAACCUCCUAAGAUCCCCACUCAACAGUCCUCUCCCACACUGCGGCCUCAGUUUGAAAAACAGAGACGGAAACACGAGAGGGAAAAAAACAUCCUAUCCAAGGGUUUGGAUAAUGAAGGCUUAAAAUGGACACAGAAGGAUAAGAUAGUAUACAGCACUUCCACAAUACCAGGAGAAAAGAAAGACACCAGUGUGCCCUUCCCUCAGGCCUACAGUCCGGAGUAUGUGGAAUCCUGUUGGUAUCAGUGGUGGGAAAAAGAAGGGUUCUUUACUCCAGAGCACCAUAGGAAACUGCCACAUGCUGUCAAUCAGACCUUCUCACUAUGUAUCCCUCCGCCCAACGUGACUGGAUCUCUCCAUCUCGGCCAUGCCCUGACUGUGGCGAUCGAGGACACCCUCUCCCGCUGGCGACGGAUGCAGGGCUACAAAGUGCUGUGGGUACCAGGCUGUGACCACGCUGGAAUAGCCACACAGUCUGUAGUAGAGAGGAGGCUUCUUAAGACACAUGGGAAACGCCGACAAGACUACAGCAGGGAAGAGUUCCUCCAGGAGGUGUGGAACUGGAAAAAUGAGAAAGGAGAUGAGAUCUAUGGGCAGUUGAGGAAACUUGGGGCCUCGCUGGACUGGACCAGAACCUGCUUCACCAUGGACCCAGGUUUCAGCAGUGCUGUGACGGAGGCCUUGGUGCGUCUGAGUGAUUCUGGUCUCAUCUACCGUUCUGAAGGUCUGGUCAACUGGAGCUGUGCUCUGGAAUCAGCCAUAUCUGAUAUAGAGGUAGAUUCUAAGCAGUUGCCUGGUAGGACUCUUCUGUCGGUUCCUGGUUAUGAGCGAGAAGUUGAGUUUGGCACGAUAGUUACAUUCGCCUAUCCUGUUGAAGGACAAGACGGAGAGGUGUGUGUGUCAACGACUCGUCCGGAGACCAUGCUGGGAGAUGUGGCCAUAGCUGUGCACCCGGAUGACCCACGAUACACAGAGCUCCAUGGCAGGCAGUGCAGACAUCCCUUUAUUGACCGUCUACUGCCCAUCAUCUCUGAUGCAUCUGUGGACAUGCAGUUUGGCACAGGGGCGGUGAAGAUCACUCCAGCUCACGACCAUGCUGACUUCCUGCUCUCCCAGCGGCAUGAGCUCCCACGGCUGACUGUGA